AAAGCACAGAAAAGAAACACAUAAAUGGCUGCCUCAAGUGGUCAUGUUCGUUCAAGCAGUUUGCCAAUCAAUACUCAUCCACUAGUUGUAAGUGUUGAGGAGCAGUUAACCAGAUUGAGGGCAUCACAACAAGAAACAUCCUCGUCCAUGAGCAACAGAUUGGGAGGUUUAAAAGAAUUGUACCACCGAGUUGAUGAUUUGUUUCAAUUACAGUUUCCCAGAGCUCUUUGUAUUGAACAUUUAGAGGAUGUGUUGGAUGGAUCUCUUAGAGUAUUGGACGUGUGUGGCACCAUUAGAGAUGAUUUGUCUCGGAUGAGGGAGGGUUUGCAGGGACUUGAAUCCUCCCUCAGGCGAAGAACUGGCCGUGAAUCCUGCUUGGAAGGUGAAAUCAGAGCUUAUAUGGUCACCAGGAAAGAAAUGAAUAAAAUGAUCAGAAAUUUGAAGGGAAUGGACCGGAAAUGUAAAUCGGUGGUGUUGGACAAUGGUUCUGAAAUGGUGAGUGUGGUGAACAUGCUAAGAGAAGCUGAGGAAAUUAGCCUUUCAGUGUUUGAUUCCCUCUUAUCUUUUCUUUUGCUUCCAAAGCGAAGAUCAAAGGCUACCGGCUGGCCUAUUCUUUCAAAAUUAUUGCACUCGAAGCGUGCAUUGUGCGACCGAAUGGAAGCGACUGAAGCCGAGAAACUAGAAGUCGAGUUGAGUCUCUUGAAGUCAAGCAAAGACAUCAAACUUGAACAAGUGCAAAAAUUAUUGAAAGAUCUUGAGGCAUUUCAAGCUACCAUCAAAGAAACAGAAGGGGAUUUGGAGUGCAUCUUUAGACAACUAUUGAAAACCAGAGUCUUCCUUCUCAACAUACUAAACCACUAAUGACCAACACAAUUUUGUAGCAUAUGAUUUUGAUCUCAACUGCUAACAUACACAGCAUAAGAAAAGCAAUAUAUUGGAAAUUAUUCAUCUCCAAUUGCCUCUCUUUUUCUGAUUUUUUCUUAUUAUUAAUAUUCCCAUACAAGGGCUAAAAGUCCCAGCCACGCUUGAGAUGACCAUGGGUUUUAUGGAUUGGUGAGAAACCGAGUCAAUGACCUCUCAGCUAAUGGUAUGUGAUUAUUCAUCAAAACCAUGCGCAUGGACUGCAUUUACUUCAACUCAAUAACGAGCUGUAAAGAUUCCAUUGCGGCACCACAUCGUUUAAUUGUUGCAUGGAGAUCUGCGCAAUCUUCAUGAUUAUUAGAUUACAAUGUUGGUUGUCUACUGUGCAUUUCAUUAUUUUAUUCCUUAACCAAUUCAUUUUAUGGUGUCGCUCUUAUUAAUAUCCAACCGUACUGUAGUGUAAUUUCAGCAACUGUUAACUCAGCUGACUGCUCUUCAACAUGAACAAUAUACGACUCU